CUUAGUUCCAAGAUGGCGGCCUCAGUGAAAAGAAAAGCUGAAGGAACCAUUCCUCCCGAAGAGAGUGAUUUACUGCGAAUAACACCUCUUGGUUCUGGUCAGGAAGUUGGGAGAUCAUGCCAUUUUCUUGAAUUCAAAGGAAAAAAAGUUCUACUUGAUUGUGGUAUUCAUCCUGGUAUGACAGGAGUUGAGUCAUUACCAUUUCUUGAYGAGAUAGACACAGCUGAGAUAGACCUUCUUCUUAUUAGUCAUUUUCAUCUUGAUCAUUGUGGGGCUYUACCAUGGCUGCUUGAGAAGACAACUUUCAAAGGAAGAGUGUUCAUGACUCAUGCUACAAAAGCAAUCUACAGAUGGCUGCUUUCUGAUUAUGUCAAAGUCAGUAAUAUAGCUGUUGAGGAUAUGCUGUAUUCAGAGUCUGACCUAGAGAAAAGCAUGGACAAAAUAGAGACAAUACACUUUCAUCAGGAAAAAGAAGUUGGUGGGAUCAAGUUCUGGUGCUACCAUGCUGGACAUGUACUUGGGGCAGCCAUGUUUAUGAUUGAGAUUGCUGGGGUCAAGAUAUUAUACACAGGGGAUUUCUCAAGGCAAGAAGACAGACAUUUGAUGGCAGCAGAAAUACCAACCAUUACACCUGAUGUCCUUAUAGUUGAAUCAACAUAUGGUACUCACAUCCAUGAAAAACGUGAAGAUAGAGAAUCUCGCUUUACAGGAACUGUUCAUGAUAUUGUCAAUAGAGGUGGACGUUGCUUGAUUCCUGUGUUUGCCCUUGGUAGAGCACAGGAGCUGUUGCUGAUCUUAGAUGAAUAUUGGCAAAACCACCCCGAGCUUCACGAUAUCCCAAUAUACUAUGCUUCACAACUGGCUAAGAAGUGCAUGUCAGUGUUUCAGACUUAUGUUAAUGCGAUGAAUGAUAAAAUUAAGAAACAGAUUGCUGUUUCAAAUCCAUUUGUAUUCAAACAUAUAUCCAACCUAAAGAGUAUUGAUCAGUUUGAUGACAUUGGACCAUCAGUGGUGAUGGCUAGUCCAGGAAUGAUGCAGAGCGGUCUAUCACGUGAGCUAUUUGAACAGUGGUGUACUGACAGACGUAACGGUGUAAUCAUUGCUGGAUACUGUGUAGAAGGAACUCUUGCUAAGAACCUAAUGGCUGAACCAGAAGAAAUAACAACUAUGUCAGGACAGAAGAUACAGCGGAAGUGUUCUGUUGAUUACAUCUCAUUUUCCGCUCACACAGACUUUGAGCAAACCAGUGAGUUUAUUCGCACGUUAAAACCUCAAAAUAUAAUUCUAGUCCAUGGAGAGAAGAAUGAGAUGGGAAGAUUAAAAGCUGCUUUAAUCAGAGAAUACGAAGACAAUCCCGAACUUAGUAUAGUUGUGCACAAUCCACCAAACUGUCAAAGUGUAGAGCUCUAUUUCAGAGGUGAAAAGAUGGCAAAGGUGAUGGGUCAGAUGGCGAGGGAGAAACCACARCAUGGCAAACAGUUAUCAGGAAUCCUUAUUAAACGAGGUUUUAAUUAUCACCUUAUUGCUCCUGACGAUCUACAGAAUUACACAGAACUUGCAACUAGUGUGCUGACACAGAAACAAUCAGUAGCCUUUCAUGGAGUGUUUUCUGUGCUGAAGCAAUGUUUAGAAAAUCUCGCGGGAAGAGUGGAAGACAUAACUGUGCACGGCAAGGACGCCAUCAAAGUGUUUGGUGCUAUAACAGUCGUGCAAGAAAACCAAAGUGUCYUAAUAGAAUGGACCGCCAACUCUGUCAAUGAUAUGUAUGCUGAUGCUGUCCUUGCUGUAAUUCUACAAGUUGAAUCUAACCCGAUGGCAGCACAAGCUGCUUCUCAAAUGAAGAAAAUUGAUGUCAAUACCUUUCAUGAAAAGUUAAUAACGUUAUUGUCUCGUACCUAUGGCGAAGACCAAGUAGUUUUGUCAGCCCUUGGGGAUGAAAUUACUGUUUACUUUGAUGAGCACAAAGCUGUCAUCAACCUUGACACACUGGAUGUCGACUGUAGUGACGAAAGCCUUAAUCAUCACGUGACCCAUGUAGUUAAACGACUCAACUCGGCGUUCACGCCUUGCUAUGCAUGACGGGAUUCCAUAACGAAAAACAAGAUCAUCCAUUGUUUAGACAAAAACCUGUAUUUUACAAACAUUGUAUAAAUAAAGCUCCUUUGAUAAUAUUUUUUCAA